CAUUCUUCUAUAUUUUAGGCGAACUCCGACAAUCUCUACCUGCCAUGGUUGUAGAAAUACUUGAAGAUAAGCUGGACCAGGAUUAUGUUGACUAUAUUUCUGACAUGAUCAUGAAGAAUGCAUCUGAAGAGCUGGAGCAGGACAGUGCGUCUGCUGACCUAGAUCAAGCAGAAGAUGGCAGUGUGAUGAGGUAUUUGAAGAAAUAUGAGGAUUGUCCUGGAAACUGGGAACCAAUGGAUGAGAGGGACGUUAACAGGGAUGGCUAUGUCCUGGUUCCCUUGGAGACAGAAUCACAAGAUUAUCAGAAUGUUGUUUUACGAUUCUUUGAUUCUAUGGUGGAUCACAGUGUAGAAGUUACAGCAGUUCACAGAGUUCAGAAUCCAAUACAGUGGAAAUAUUACACUGUUAAGAAAUCUGAGAUGCUGCGUGACAGUGGGGGUUUUACCAGUGUCGUUGAAGGACAGCUCUUUCACGGCACUUCAUCAUCAGCUGUGGAAGCCAUCUGUCGGAAAGGUUUUGACUGGCGACUGUGUGGAAAGCAUGGAACUUUAUAUGGUCAAGGUUCAUACUUUGCUGUGAAUGCGUCAUAUUCUCAUCAGUACACAGAUCUAAGACGUCCACAUGGUGCAUUGAGGUCAUCAAUGACAUUUUCUCAGCCCACGUCAAUGACUUUACCAACAGCGCCCCCUCUGCUAUUUCCACCAGUAAAUGUGAACUUUGGUCAACCUUUGCACCCAAUAUCCACCCCUGUGGGUAUAUCAGUGAUACAAACCAGUCAGUACAGGCCAAUGAAUCUGUCCCAUAAUGCAACAACAGGAACAGGAAGUCAGUCUGUAGUGAGGCAGAUUACACAGACUGGUUCUCAACCUCAACCAAGUUCUUCUCAAAACUUGAGCAAUAAUUCCGGAUCCAGUCAGUUUGCUUCCAGUUCUAAUGGGAGCUUGACAAAUCCUGCACAGCCAGGUCCUAGUGGAUCUGUGGGUACCAGUAAUUCCACACAUUAUAUGCAAAAUAUUCUCAAUAUGCCAUCAAGUGAUAUCACAGCAAAAAGGAAAAUUUUGCUGUCCAAAAGAAAACAGCUACUUUCAUGUUCAAGACGAAUACUGCCAAAGCCGGUGGCUGUUCGAAAUGUUACUGGCUUAGCAUCAUCACCUUUUGGGACUGCCUUUGAAACAGAGGAAAUAGAAAGGCCAAAAGCCAGAGUGUUCUUUGCCCGAGUGUUAGUCGGUAAAUACACCACGGGUAAUCCAAAACUGAGGAAGCCACCUCCUCUGUAUAUGAACAGCGACCAGUUUGGUAAAUGUUACGAUUCAUGUGUUGACAAUGAAGCUGACCCAAAGAUCUUUGUGAUAUUUGACAGCACACAAGCCUAUCCAGAGUAUCUAGUUGAAUAUACAUAUAGUGAAGACAAGCUCUUUUAGAGUGUGAAUUUAUACUUAGUGAAAUGAUAUAUAGAGAGGCUAACUUAGAGUGAACAGAAUGGUUGAAUAUUUUGAUAGGGAAAACUAGAUGUUUCAGUGUGAAUACCUGGUAAAUACAAGCUGGUUUAGAGUGACAGAUUGCCUAUUUGAAUGUUUUGAUAUUGAAAAGGUUUUUAAAAGUGUAAAUGCCUGGUGAAAUAAACACAUGACAAGCUCUUUAGAGUGAACAGAAUGGAAUUAACUUAUAAAUUUUGUUGAAUAUACAUUGUCAAGUAUUUAUAUUGAAUGCAAAGUUAUUUAAACAGAAUAAUUCAUGGAAUAAAUGCUUUGUGAUGACAGAUUUAUAUACUGUAAAAGCAUGUAUUUUUGCUGGGUCAAAAUUUCAUGAGUAUGGUCGCGAAUCGUGAAUCUGUAAAAAUGGUAUCCCACUGGAAUUGGAAUUAUUAAACCCUUGCGAAAAUUUCUGCUUUUAUAGUAAAGAGAACAGAGGUUUCCUUGAAAGGAAUUUUCGUGCGUUUUAGCACACCAUAUUCACAAAUGACCCCCAGAAUAAUUCUGAACAUGUCAUUGAUGACACAAAUGAACUUCUAACCAAUUCAGUGAGAGGCAAGUGAUUUGAAGUCAGCGACUUUAACCACUCGGCCAUGGAAGUGCCAUGCUAUUUAAGUACAUUUUACUUCAACAUUAUAGUGAUAUGCAGGGUUACAAAAUUAGAAAGGCAACACUUGGUAUUUUUUGAGUGUUAUUUUCCAACUAUAAGUAGAAUGUAUGUCUUUUCGUUAAUUUUAACUACUAAUAAUUGUGUUUUUUUUGCUGAUUUAAGAUAGUGGGCCCGUAAUGGCAAUUUCAGUGUGGUUAUGCAAUCACAUUAAGCAAUGUGGAGACAAAAUUGCAUAUGGAAAACAUGAAAUUUGCUGAUUGUCGUCACCAGUCCAUUACCUUAAACAUUGAAUCAGCUGCGCAACGAGAAAACCAACAUAGUGCAAUUGUGACCAGCAUGGAUCCAGACAAGCCUGCUCAUCCACACAGUCUGGUCAGGAUCCAUACUGUUCGCUUUCAAACCCUAUUGUAAUUAGAGAAACCGUUUGUGAACAGUAUGGAUCCUGACCAGACUACGCAGAUGCGCAGGCUGGUCUGGAUCCAUGCUGGUCGCAAAUGCACUAUGUUGAUUUUCUCAUGAUGUGGCUCAAUUAUCAUUUCAAAAGUGGUUUAUUUGAAAAAAGGCAAAAAAAAUUUAUUUUUUUCUAGUGGUAUAUUCAGAAUUAAAUAAUUAUUACCAGUCUUUGUUGUUCAGCUUGCAGGGCAUGUAUAGCUUCAAAUAUUACAUGUAUUUCUUGAGUCGGUCUUUUAUUUCUCAUGUUGAGUAGAUUUUAGCGCACUUGAAAAUGUCAAAUAACCUGUAUAGAAAUAGCAUAUGUUACACAAGUAAAAAUGAAAGGAAAAAACUGCUCGGUCACAGUGUCAGUAAACAGAUGUUUUCUUUAUAGCCUAGUAAUAGAUCCUUACCUGCCAUAUUGCAGCAAACAAUGCUAUUACGAAUGUAACAUAUUUAUUUAUUCUGUUCCAUUAUGUAAGGUAGUAGAUCAGCAAUUGAGAAGCAGCAUUUUUUCUUUGGUUUCAUAUUUUCUGUAUGCGAUUUCCGCAUUUCCUGGUUGUUGUAGAAAAAAAGAUCUGUUAUAGCCGAAAUUUUGCAGAAAUUGUGUAUGUAGAAUUAUUUAGUUACUCAGAAAUGCCUGAGUUUAUUAUGCGUUCACUACCUUAAAUUGAAAGAAGGAAGACAAAAGUAAGAAGAGUAAAAAGAGUAAAAAAUUCUGCAAAAGAAAUGUUAUUUGUUUCAGGAAGGUUAUUGUUAUAUGAAAUAUGGGUUUUUUUUAAGUAUUUGUUACUACCAUAGCUUGAAUGUAUAUUGAUUAGAGUCUGAAUUUAAAUUUCUAUUUUGUGCUUAAUUUUAUGUUUGUUGUAUUUAGCAUGUUUAGUGUACAUAAUCAGAAAUAAUUUAGUUUUGCCUCUUCAGAUGUGCUAGAUUGUUAUUUAGAGUUACUUGUUUUGUGAGACAUGUCUUUAUAAAAUUGUUGAUAUACUUAAAUACCUUGUGCUAGAUGUUUUCUGUUAAAAUGAUAAACCCACAGUACCAUA